ACUUAAUUGUCGUGCGCUAUGAUUGGAUAACACACUUCUCCUUGCUUAUUGUUGCUGAGCGGUGAUUGGUCAGUGCAUUCUGAGUCUGUCAGUCAGUCUGGGCCAGUGUGUGCCCCUGUCAUGGAGCCCUCCCCCGGCUCUUGUUCUUCUCCACCGGGGUCUCGGCCUAUUCCUCCUCCCCGCCGGGGCUCCGGGGACCGCCGGCCACUCAGCCCCCCUCGCAGAAUCCGUGGUGACGUCAGCGUUGGUCCGCGGCAAGCGUUUUUGGACAAGGAAACCGAUAUCAAUGGGCGGGGGGGCGCCAAGAGAGAGGAGGGCCCGGAAAUAACCGGUGGCCCCAAAACAGGAGUGGUAGCUGAGGAGUUCCGGGUACUUGAUAGUCUGGAAGCAGCUACAGGGGACGGCAAAGGGCCUGAACACAAGGAGAGGCAUGAUGGUCUGCCAGCACCUGUGGCAUGGGCGGUAGGAGCCCCUGGAACAGAGCAGAGGACUGAACCUGGGGCCUUGAAGAGCAGAGCUCCAGGGUCGGAGCAAAAAACAGGAUUUAGGUCCCUGGAGAGUGGAGCCCAUCGCACAGAGCAAAAGGCAGCACCUGGGGCCCUGGUCACUGGGGCCCCUGGCACAGAGCAAAAUACAGCACCUGGGGCCCUGGUCACUGGAGCCCCUGGCACAGAGCAGAAGGCAGCACCUGGGGCCCUGGUCACUGGAGCCCCUGGCACAGAGCAGAAGGCAGCACCUGGGGCCCUGGUCACUGGAGCCCCUGGCACAGAGCAGAAGGCAGCACCUGGGGCCCCUGGCACAGAGCAAAAUACAGCACCUGGGGCCCUGGUCACUGGAGCCCCUGGCACAGAGCAGAAGGCAGCACCUGGGGCCCUGGUCACUGGAGCCCUUGGCACAGAGCAGAAGGCAGCACCUGGGGCCCUGGUCACUGGAGCCCCUGGCACAGAGCAGAAGGCAGCACCUGGGGCCCUGGUCACCGGAGCCCCUGGCACAGAGCAAAAGGCAGCACCUGGGACCCUGGUCACUGGGGCCCCUGGCACAGAGCAAAAGACAGCACCUGGGGCCCUGGUCACUGGAGCCCUUGGCACAGAGCAGAAGGCAGCACCUGGGGCCCUGGUCACUGGAGCCCUUGGCACAGAGCAGAAGGCAGCACCUGGGGCCCUGGUCACUGGAGCCCCUGGCACAGAGCAGAAGGCAGCACCUGGGGCCCUGGUCACUGGAGCCCCUGGCACAGAGCAGAAGGCAGCACCUGGGGCCCUGGUCACUGGAGCCCCUGGCACAGAGCAGAAGGCAGCACCUGGGGCCCUGGUCACUGGAGCCCCUGGCACAGAGCAAAAGGCAGCACCUGGGACCCUGGUCACUGGGGCCCCUGGCACAGAGCAAAAGGCAGCACCUGGAGCCCUGGUCACUGGGGCCCCUGGCACAGAGCAAAAGGCAGCACCUGGGGCCCUGGUCACUGGGGCCCCUGGCACAGAGCAAAAGGCAGCACCUGGGGCCCCUGGCACAGAGCAAAAGGCAGCACCUGAGGCCCCUGGCACAGAACAAAAGGCAGCACCUGGGGUCCCUGGCACAGAACAAAAGGCAGCACCUGGGGCCCCUGGCACAGAGCAAAAGUCAGCAUCUGCUGACCAAGAGUGUGGAACCCCUGGCAUGGAGCAGAGAGCAGCACCUGCGGCCCCGGAACGAGCUGUCCGCAAGGGCAUCACUCAGAGAGUUACGAUUGUUAUGGAGAGCAGGGUCAUAGCUCCAGGAGACACUGCCACACAGCUGCAAGACUUCAUGACACCAAGCUCUACGACUGCACCAGGGGGCACUGCCACACAGCCACAAGACUUCAUGACACCAAGCUCUAUGAAUGCACCAGGGGACACUGCCACACAGUUGCAGCACACAGUGACACCAAGCUCUGAUAUUCCAGCAGGGGAUGGUAUCACACAGCUUCAAGACAUGGCAGUACAGAGCUCUGUUAUUGCACCAGAGGACGCCAUUACACUAAGCUCUGUGACUGCACCAGUGCAAGUUGUGACUAAGACAUGGAAAGGCCAGGAACAUAGCCACCUCAUAGAGCCAGCAGACUAUGAUACUCCAUUGCAUGGACCCACAAUGCAACGCAGGUUCAUGUCAUUUGCUGAUGAAACAGUGCAACCACAAGUUGUGACGCAAUCUCAGGAAACUGCACUGCAGAUCAGAGACACAGAUAUGAUGGACGGUGGGAUACAGAGCAUGGCAGUUCCACCACAGGACACUUUUAAACAAAACCACAUCACAGGGUCAGAGAGUGGUAUGACACAGAACCCAGUGAUACAAACCCAGGAAGUAGUGGCACUAACCAUGGUCCAUUUACCUGAAAGUGGAUUAAGAAAGAACCAUGUGGCAGAUCCACAUGAUAUUGUGAUGCGGCUUAAGGAGAAUGUGGCACGCAACUGUGCAGAAAUGCCAAGGGAAGGUGUGAUGGAUGUCCAGGUGCCUCAGGAAGGACUUAUUCAGAGCCACCUCAUACCAGACCAGGAAGGUUUCACACUUGUGUCAGACAAGAUUGCACAUAGUCUUGUGGUAUCACUAGCAGAACAUGAGUCCCAACAACAGGAAACAAUCUUACAGAACAGCUCAGUGACAUCAUCUCAGGACAGUAUGUCACAGCCACACUAUAGAUCUUGUAGUGAUGACAUCACCCUUAGCCAAUUAACAAAGAACCAUGUAACCCAGCAUCAGGGUGCUGCCACACUUUCACAUAACAACCUAACAGAGAGCUGGGUGACACAGCAACAGGACGACGUCACACUCCCACAGGACAAUAUAGUUAUAGGCACACAAGGGGAGCUGACUGCUCCAUGUCAGAGUAGAACCACCAGUGGGUCAAGCCCUCACAGAAACUUGUCAUCUAAACCUCCUCUUCCCACCCCACCUAGAUCCAACCUCUACCCUGGGUCAGCUGAGACUGAGGCCUCCCCACGGCAUGAGACCUCCUCUUUGUCUAGCUAUAAACCCAAGGCUCCUGCCCCAGACACUCUCAGCUACUUGGACUCUGUUAGCCUCAUGUCUGGCACAAUGGAGUCCCUUACAUUGCUUGAUGAUGCAAGCUCACUGGGUUCUGACUCUGAGAUCAAUGGCAUGCCAUACCGAAGGACUGACAAAUAUGGCUUCCUAGGAGGGAAUCAGUUCAGUGGCACUGGGGACAGCGCAAUACCCGUGGAGAUUGCACGACAGAGGGAGUUGAAGUGGCUGGAUAUGUUCAAUCACUGGGACAAGUGGCUGACCAGGCGCUUCCAGAAGGUUAAGUUGCGCUGCAGGAAAGGAAUCCCCUCCUCUCUUCGUGCUAAAGCCUGGCAACUGCUGUCCAACAGUGAGGAGCUUCUGAACAAGAAUUCCGGCAAAUUUGAUGAGAUGGAGCGACAGCCAGGGGACCCUAAGUGGCUGGAUGUGAUUGAGAAGGAUUUGCACAGACAGUUCCCAUUUCAUGAAAUGUUCGCAGCCCGUGGAGGACACGGACAGCAGGAUCUGUACCGUAUUCUGAAGGCGUACACCAUAUAUCGGCCAGAGGAGGGAUAUUGCCAGGCGCAGGCACCUGUAGCAGCAGUACUUCUCAUGCAUAUGCCAGCUGAGCAAGCCUUCUGGUGCCUGGUGCAGAUCUGUGACCGAUACCUGCCGGGAUAUUACAGUGCUGGGUUGGAAGCGAUCCAGCUUGACGGGGAGAUAUUCUUUGCUCUUCUGCGCCGGGUGUGCCCUAUGGCGUAUCGCCACCUCAAGAAGUUUAAGAUUGACCCCAUAUUAUACAUGACGGAAUGGUUUAUGUGCAUCUUCUCCCGCACACUGCCCUGGGCAUCUGUGCUCCGUGUCUGGGACAUGUUCUUCUGUGAGGGGGUGAAGAUCGUAUUCCGGGUUGGACUUGUGUUACUGCGACACACGCUGGGGUCUGUGGACAAACUGCGCAGUUGUCAGGGGAUGUAUGAGACGAUGGAGAAGCUGCGGAGCCUUCCCGUUCACUGCAUGCAGGAAGAUGUCCUUGUGCCGGAGGUCACUUCACUUCCUGUUACAGACACACUUAUUGAGCGGGAGAGCAAUACUCAGCUGCGCAAGUGGAGGGAAAACCGAGGGGAAUUACAGUAUCGACCUUCCCGUCGGAUCCACGGUGCUCGCAACAUCCAUGAGGAAAAGUUGAGGCUGAAUCCCACUCUUAGCGGAAGUAUGCUCAGCCUCUCCAGUCUCUCCAACUUCCGACGUCCCUCUCCACCUGCUACCCCUCCCGUCAAACCAGAAUCUGUGGUGGUAUCUGAAGGCCUUCGUCCUGCUCUACCCUCCCCCACAUCUAACAAGUCGCCACUAGGACCACCUAAAGAUGGAGCCAAGAAGUCAAAGGAUAAGCAGAAGGAACAAGAAAAGAGGAAGGAGAAGGAAAAAGAGGAAAGAAAAAGGGAGAAGGAAGAAAAGGAGAGGGUGAAACAGCGGGAGAAGGAGGAAAAGGAAAGGGAGAAGCAGAGAGAAAAGGAGAGAAAAGCCCAGAAGUCAGAAGCCAAUCAGAAAAAAGAAAGGAAAUUCUCAUUCCGAAGAAAAGACUCUUCUUCCCCCGGUGCAGAACCGGCACAAAAGAGUGGGAAGGGGGCAGCGGGCAGCACGGGUGGUGUUGUGCAUGACACCUACUUUUGAGACACCUGCUCUAUACGGACUGAUCAAGGUGCCCUAUAAUGGGGGCUUUCAGCCAUUAACUGAGGAAACCCUAACAUAGGCUCCUACCUAUCUCUUUUGAACAUUGUGGAGAGACCUCCCAGAGGGAGAGUGAGACUGGGAGAAUCUCUGGGUGAUAUAGGACAGAGCUCUCCCCUGGGGGGAGAGGGUCGAGAACACCUAGGAGUGGUAAUAUUAAGAACUGUUGGGGAGAGGGCAGAGAGCCACCUGAGGGGAGUAAUACUGUAAACUCCUGGGGGGGGGUCAAGAGCAGCCUAAAGAAAGGGAACAGACCCAAAGUACCCUGAGCAUACAGAGAAAGAGUUGUGUGGAGACAUUAGUAUCUCGCAGACGCAGGGAGUUCUGUAUAUGACUGUGGUUUGUCACCUCUUUGUCCCUCGGAAACUGAUGUCUCAAAGGAAUCCCUGAUCUGGAAGUGCUCAACUCUUAACUGGAAACUUCCCUGUGCUCCCCACUUGCACACUCCUGCACUCUACUGAGUGCUUCUCUUAAAUAAGUCUACAAUCCACCCGCUGCCACACUUACCUUGGCUACUCAUUUGCACUUUUAAUUUGGUUCCUUUUUUCUUAACACAAGUACAGGUUUCCCUCUUGCUCUCUGACAUGCACAAACGUACACACAACCUGAUUUUGCACAUCCAUCCUAUCAUCUGACACACAUGCGCACACAAACGUACACACAACCUGAUCUUGCACAUCUAUCCUAUCAUCUGACACACAUGCGCACACAAACGUACACACAACCUGAUCUUGCACAUCCGUCCUAUCAUCUGACACACAUGCGCACACAGACGUACACACUUGAUCUUGCACAUCCAUCCUAUCAUCUGACACACGUACAAACAACCUGAUCUUGCACAUCCAUCCUAUCAUCUGACACACGUACAAACAACCUGAUCUUGCACAUCCAUCCUAUCAUCUGACACACAUGCGCACACAGACGUACACACAACCUGAUCGUGCACAUCCAUCCUAUCAUCUGACACACAUGCGCACACAGACGUACACACAUCUUGAUCUUGCACAUGCAUCCUAUCAUGUGACACACAUGCGCACACACAACCUGAUCUUGCACAUCCAUCCUAUCAUCUGACACACAUGCGCACACAGACGUACACACAACCUGAUCUUGCACAUCCAUCCAUUCAUCUGACACACAUGCGCACACAGACGUACACACAAACUGAUCUUGCACAUCCAUCCUAUCAUGUGACACACAUGCGCACACAGACGUACACACAACCUGAUCUUGCACAUCCAUCCUAUCAUCUGACACACAUGCGCACACAAACGUACACACAACCUGAUCUUGCACAUCCGUCCUAUCAUCUGACACACAUGCGCACACAGACGUACACACAACUUGAUCUUGCACAUCCAUCCUAUCAUGUGACACACAUGCGCACACAGACGUACACACAUCUUGAUCUUGCACAUCCAUCCUAUCAUGUGACACACAUGCGCACACAGACGUACACACAACCUGAUCUUGCACAUCUAUCCUAUCAUCUGACACACAUGCGCACACAGACGUACACACAACCUGAUCUUGCACAUCCAUCCUAUCAUGUGACACACAUGCGCACACAGACGUACACACAACCUGAUUUUGCACAUCCAUCCUAUCAUCUGACACACAUGCGCACACAGACGUACACACAACCUGAUCUUGCACAUCCAUCCUAUCAUCUGACACACAUGCGCACACAGACGUACACACAACCUGAUCUUGCACAUCCAUCCUAUCAUCUGACACACAUGCGCACACAGACGUACACACAUCUUGAUCUUGCACAUCCAUCCUAUCAUGUGACACACAUGCGCACACACAACCUGAUCUUGCACAUCCAUCCUAUCAUCUGACACACAUGCGCACACAGACGUACACACAACCUGAUCUUGCACAUCCAUCCUAUCAUCUGACACACAUGCGCACACAGACGUACACACAAACUGAUCUUGCACAUCCAUCCUAUCAUCUGACACACAUGCGCACACAGACGUACACACAAACUGAUCUUGCACAUCCAUCCUAUCAUGUGACACACAUGCGCACACAGACGUACACACAUCUUGAUCUUGCACAUCCAUCCUAUCAUGUGACACACAUGCGCACACAGACGUACACACAACCUGAUCUUGCACAUCUAUCCUAUCAUCUGACACACAUGCGCACACAGACGUACACACAACCUGAUCUUGCACAUCCAUCCUAUCAUGUGACACACAUGCGCACACAGACGUACACACAACCUGAUUUUGCACAUCCAUCCUAUCAUCUGACACACAUGCGCACACAGACGUACACACAACCUGAUCUCACACAUUUGUCCACGUAUACACACACAUCCUGCUGUCUCUGAUAUGCGCGUGCAUGUAUACACAGACGUGCAUUUGGAUCCUUCAUUAAGAUCUGAAUGCAGAAUUAUGAGCUAUUCGGCUAUUCCACAUUUGGAUCUGAGUGGAUACAUGCUGCUGUCUCUUAUAUACUCAUGCAAAUAUACACACAUAUUCUGCUUUCUGGGACACGCAUGUACACAGUCUACUCUCUCUGACAUGCGCAUGCACACAUACUCUGCUCUCUGGUAUACGCAGACGCACAUUCUACUCUCUGACAUGCGCAUGCACACAUACUCUGCUCUCUGGUACACGCACACACAUUCUGCUAUUUUUGGCAAGCGCAUGAACUUGUACACACAUCCUGUUCUCUCUAAUUCUCAUUUUCUGUGCUCACAAACACACACGACCAUUUGCUCACCUACACGCUCCUCUGUACUCAUCACUAGAAUAAUCUUCCUUGUUUACCAGUGUAAGUCUGCGCUGGGGCGGUGCCCCAGAGUGUCAGCGUGUUUACUUCCUGUCUGGGGAUGAGGCUCACAUAAUUGCAUCCCUGCCCGCCCCACGGGCAUUUCAGGGUUUUAGUUUACUUUGUAUAUAUUUGGGACAAGUUGCUUUCCUUCCCCUGCUGCGUACUAUAAUCCCUGCACUAACUGCACUCAGGCUGCAGAGCAUCACUGCGUUACCAGGGGACUGCAGACUACCAGUACUGUUAUUACCUGAGAAAAUACACAACACUUUUACAUAAAUGUUUCUGGGAACAAGCUGUAGAGCGGGAGUUGUGUUUACUUACCUGGUGCAUGUACAUUGUCACGGGGUAACGGACACUCCACGUGCACAAGCUGCACUGCAGUCCUGCAUAAUAGUGUGUUACACAUGUAGUGCUGCAGCAGACUAUUUCCCUACCCUGUGCCCUUCACUAAGCACACAGUAUGUGAAUGCCCUAUCACAGUGUACAUGUAUGUAGCGCUGUGCACACACUCCUCUUGUACCCAUCACACACAACUUACCGUGUGCAGACGCGUAUUCUGUUCCCAGCUUUGCAUGCUAAAUCCAACCUGUUACUGAUCUGCAUGUUCCUUGCAGACUGCUCUGCGGCCCGUUCUGCACUGAUGGAUGAAACUGGAUUGUUGUUUUUAAUAUUGUGUAUUUGUGGUAGGGAGGGUUGGGGUGUUGUGUGUGACAAGGGUGACCCCAAUUUACUCUAUACUGCAUCAAUACAAGUUUAAUCCAAA